GUACCUCUAAAGAAGUCGGCUUAUACCCAACUCUAAUCAUAGUAAGCUUCGUUUAAGAUUGAACUAUUUAAGAUUCAGAAGUGUUCACCGUGCUAAUUUCGAUAAUAAUAUUAAAUCGUGAGAGUAUUUAAAAAUUCUUUAUAGAAUUGCAACAUUUGAGUUUCAGAUUCCAUCACGUUAUUGUAAUAAAAUGUUUCUGUCUCCAAUUCAAAACGAUUCAAGAAUAAGUAGCGAUUUGAUGUCAAAAAAUAUUUGGGCUUCAUCCAUUAUUGAUUGAUUUAUUCUUUAACGUGUUUCACUUCAAGCUGACAACAUUAAUUAAAUGAAAGCUGGGGUGUUAAUCAUAAGGAAUUCUGACAGCUUAUAAAACGAAUCUUACUUCAGUGUAUUAUUUCACUUAUAACGUUGCUACCCCUGUUGUAGCAGUGCGAAAAUAAAAAAUAGUUGGACUAUUCGGGUGGGGGUUAGUGGAGGAAGGUAGGUCACUCUGAAGCCCUAUACACUCGACUAAUAGGCUCUGUUCUCCAGUCAGAAACCUGAGACGACGUGUUAUGAAACCGAAACGAGACUUGGCAGCGGUCUCUCCUGCCUAGUGCUUGCUCACUGGUCACUGGUCAGUGACAGCAAAUCAGGAUUCCAGCAGUGGAGCAAUAUGCGCUUCAAUCAUGGAUUCAACACAAAUUUAUUGAAAGCCAAGGACGUGAAGUAGGACAACCGACUGUGAUAAUUUUAGUCAUUAGGGUAGAAUGGAAAGUAAAAGUGAGACAUCAGAGUCAAAGAGCUCUUUAUCAAAGUCUUGUAAGGAAUCAACACCCCUUCUCCUUUCUGCCCAGGAAAGAAGACAACUGAGUGUGCUGCAGAAGAGCGCCUAUGGAGUCGGCCAUGUUUACAAUGACAUCGCGGCCGCCAUUUGGUUCUCCUAUUCACUCAUUUAUUUCCAGUUGGUCGCCGAAACGGGGCCUGUCUUGGCUGGAACCUUUCUAUUCAUUGGGCAAUGCGUUGAUGCAUUCGCAACUCCUCUGGCUGGGUUCUUGAUUGGACUAUGUGGAACAAAGAAAAAGUGGCAUUUUAUUGGAAGCGUCUGCAUAACUGUGACUUUUCCGUUGAUAUUUUCCACGUGGAAAAUCACCCGAGGAGCCACGUGGAGCCAGGCGGUCUACUACCCUCCCAUCAUCACCAUAUUCCAGACAGGAUGGGCCAUCGUGCAGAUAGCGCAUCUCUCCAUUAUGCCAGAAAUGACUCCAUCUGUAUCCGAGAGAGCAGAGCUAACAGCACUCAGGUACACAUUUUCAAUGGCCUCACAGAUCUUCGUAUAUCUGAUAGCCUGGGUGUUCUUCAGUGAUUUGGAGGGCAUGAAUAUGAAACUUCUAGCACCAAAAGAUUCAGGAAGGUUCCAGCACAUAACUAUUCUAUCCGCCUCUAUCGGUAUUUUUUGCACAUUGUUCUUCUACCUGGGCUCGAGGAAAACUUGGACCAAUGUAACACGCGCCGUUAAAACGGAGCAGGAAAAAUUGGAACUGAGCGAGAAGAAGCGAGCCAUCGUAUUCUCGACAUCCAUCUAUAAGACGGCCGUUCUGUACACGUCGAGUCGGCUGUUCCUCACGCUCAGUCUGGUCUAUUUCCCGAUGUUCAUCAAUGAGGUGGUUCUGCGCAAAUCGUCCACCCUGGCCACUGUCCCGCUUGUCUCGUUCAUCGCAUCUUGUGUGGCGUCCAUGGCCUCCAAGACUGUUUCCCAGUACUGUGGAGGAAACAGGGCACUAUACAUUGCAGGAUGUUUGAUCUGUCUUAUGGGAACUGCGCUUGUGAGAAUGCAUACAAGGAAAUCAGAAGAGACGUGGAUGAUAUUCAUCGCAGCUGCUCUAUUUGGUACUGGUAGCUCUGUAACAAUGGUGGUGAGUUUGUGUGUGACUGCUAAUCUGAUUGGCGAUGACACUGAGAUCGGAGCAUUCAUCUACAGUGGAGUCACGUUUGCCGAUAAAUUAUUGAAUGGUAUUGCUGUCAUCACCAUAGAAUACAUGAGAUGUGAAGAUGUGAGAGACUGUCCAUUCUACUACAGGGAUACACUGUCAUUCGUCAAUCUCGGCAUUGCUGCUAUUGGACUGAUAGGCUCAAUGAGUGUUUCCUCAAAGCUGUUUAGAAAAUCUGACACAAUCUGAUCCAGUAAAAUUAGAGAGAGACAUACCAAAUAACUCAAAUCGAUGAUUUGAGUCUGAAUUUUGUAAAUUUCAUCCUUUAUCGACUGAGUUGAAUAUUUUAAAAAACUCGGUGAGAUUGCUGAGAACUCAACACUGUUGCUGACUACAGAUAAUUUUGUGUUGUUGCCGCGGAAGUAGUCAUUUUGUAAUGAUUAGUAGUUAAUAUCAAUUUUUUAAGAUGAUGAUAAAAUUUAUAGUUACAA